CUUAGAAAACUUCAAUAGAUGACUUAGCUCAGAAAUGUGAUUAUUGCCAUAACUUAAAAAAAAAUUGCAGAACGACACAAUGGAUUUUGGGAACAUGGCAAUAGGAAUUGUACUUUCACUUCAGAGUGCACUUGGUGUUCUGCAAAACUUCUCUCUUCUUUUCUAUUAUUUAGUCCUUUAUAAAAAAGAACACACAUUAAAGGUCAUAGAUAUUAUACUUAUACAUGUGUUCACAUCCAACUCCUUGAUUAUUCUCUCCAAAGGACUUCCAGAGGUAUUUGCGUUUUUUGGAUGGAACGAGUUAUUCAAUGAUGUUGGGUGUAAACUAAUUAUGUAUGUUCGAAGAGUUUCCAGGAGUAUGUCAAUCAGUAUGACCUGUCUCUUGAGUGUCUUUCAGGCAAUCACCAUCAACACCAGGAACUCCUGCUGGAAGGGAUUUAAUGUGCAAAUCACAAAGUUUAUGAACCUGUUCAUUUCUCUCUGCUGGAUACUGUUCAUGCUAGUAAAUAUGCUUUUCCCCAUAUAUACAGCAACCAAUACAAAUAGAAAAAAUAAAACACAAAAAAGAGAUAUUGAAUUCUGCCACUCUGUAGGCCGUGACAAAAUAGUAGAUUUAAUGUAUACAGCAUUUUGUGUGUUUCCUGAAGUGCUGUUUUCUUUGCUUAUAGUAUGUUCCAGCACCACUAUGAUUGUCAUACUUUAUGAACACAAGAAGAGGGUUCAAUACAUGCUCCAAAAUCAUGCUUCCCCCAGAACCUCUGCUGAAAACAGAGCCACACAGACCAUUCUGACCCUGGUUUUCACCUUUCUAAUAUUUUAUACUCUCUCUUCUAUUUUACAAGGCUAUAUUGCACUUUCACAUGAUCCCAGUUGGUGGGUAAUGAACAUCACAGCCAUCAUUUCUAUGUGUUUUCCUACUAUAGGCCCAUUUGUGAUAAGUCAUGAUUUUACUGUUUCCAGAUACUGCUUUACAUGUAUAAGAAAUAUAAAAUUUCAAUAA